CCGCAGCUCACUGACUCGUCGUCGGACCUCGUUCAGGGGGGUUCUGCACGGUCCAUCCGCCGUCCGUCCAAUUGCCCUGUCCUGUUACCUUCAUUAUCUCAACCGCCGGCGAUGCGGCCGACAAGGGUCAACGCAGGAGGAGAUGGGAUUGGCUAGCCCUGUCCGGGUUCCCAACGACACGCGGGAGCUCGGAUUGAAACCGACCAAUGCUAUCAUCAACGGGCUGAACACCAUGAGCCCAGGGGCCGUGACGCGGACCUGGGGCAUGAAUGCAAUGGUUUUCGACAGCACUUAAUAGAAAACGAAGCAUAAGUAUGAGGCCCUACCCGCCAUGGUCGGUUAUGGGAGAUGUGACCAACAACCCGAACCUCAACGCGUAGAGUUUACACUUUGGACAACGCUCGUUUACCGCCAGAACUGCAAGCCUCCAAUUCACUAUGAGGUGUCUUCCCCUAAUCAUCGCGCUCGCAGCGCCACUGGCUGCGGCAUCCGCAUGCCGACCUCCAAAGUGGACAGUUGGACAAACCGUCCACACCUCCAGCGGCCCCGUCGAGGGACACGCCGCAUCCACGGCCUCCGAGGUGUCCGAGUACCUCGGAAUCCCCUAUGCUCAGCCGCCCGUAGGAAGUCUUCGAUUCCAGCCACCGGUCCGCUACACCGGGGAAACCAAAAUUAGCGGCAAGAGCUUUGGCGCCGCGUGCUUCCCAUCUAACAUUAGCGCCUUCGACGCCGACUUCCCCCAGGAGCUCAUCGACGUGUACGGCAUUACCGAGGUCGGCCGCCGCAUCCUCGCAACUAUCACGAACCCCGGAAUCCCAGUGAGCGAGGAUUGCCUAACUCUAAACGUCUGGACCAAGCCGCAGACCGGCGAAAAGCGCAAGGCGGUCAUGGUUUACAUCCACGGCGGCUCUUUUGUUUCGGGUAGCUCCGCCGUGCCAGCUUACAACGGCCAGUUCUUCGCCGACCAAGAGGACAUUGUCCUGGUGACUAUCAACUACCGUCUCACUUUCUUUGGCUUCCCCGGCAACCCCCACGGGCACCAGAACCCCGGCCUACUGGACCAGCGUAUGGCAGUCGAAUGGGUCCGCGACAACAUCGCGUCCUUUGGCGGCGACCCAAAACGCAUCACGCUUUUUGGCGAGUCCGCCGGCGGUGCCUCCGUCGACCACUAUUCCUUCGCCUGGCCGCACGACCCCAUCGUCGCGGGACUUAUCUCCAUGUCUGGUACAGCUAGUGGCAUCGCCCCCCGAUCAGCCGCGCUGGCCACCGAACUCUGGUACAACACAACCACUGCUCUCGGCUGCGGCGACGCCACCACCCCUCCCUCCACCCUCCUGACCUGCAUGCAAUCCGCGCCCGCCCCCUCCCUCAUCGCCACCCUCCUCAACACAAUCGACUCCCCCAACUCAGUCCCCUACUCCCCCACCAUCGACUCAACCCUCGUCUUCCCCCACCACCACCCCAGCAACAACACCACCAACACCACCAACACCACCCACCCCACCGCCCCCCUCCCCCUCCUCAUCGGCACAACCGACAACGAAUCCGGCCUCUUCCGCCUCUUCGUCCCGCCCCAACCAUCCCUCACCCCCGCCCAAGAAACCACAUUUUGGCACCACCAGAACCAGCACCGCUUCGUCUGCCCCGCGGCAGCCCGCGCCAACCACUCUUCUCACAGAGACGGCAACCCGACCUGGCGCUACCGCUGGCACGGCGUGUUUCCGAACACGGCGCUCUCGACCACGCCCCCGAGCGGCGCGUACCACGACUCGGAGGUCGCGGUGCUGUUUGGGACGGUGGAUGAGGGGUUGGUGGGGAAUACGAAGGGGCAGGGGGAGGUCGGGAGGUAUAUGAGGGGGGCGUGGGCUGCGUUCGCGAGGGACCCUGCAAAGGGGUUGGGGCGGUAUGGGAGGGAGUUUGAUGGGGUGGGGGGUGGCAUGGGGGAGGGAUGGCCGAGGUAUGUGGCGGGGGAGGAGACGUUGGUCAGGCUUGGGUGGGAGGGGAGGGCGGGGGCGAGUGUGGUGAGGGGGGAUUUGUAUGAUGAUGGGUGCUGA